GUCAGCGUCGAGGAAUCAGGGCAGGCGACGAGAAGGAAGCGGAGGCGGAGGCAGAGGAGCUGCAAGAACAAGGAGGAGGCCGAGAGCCAAAGGAUGACCCACAUUGCUGUCGAGCGCAACCGCCGCCGGCUCAUGAACGAGCACCUCGCAGUUCUCCGCUCGCUCAUGCCCGAGUCCUACAUACAAAGGGGCGACCAAGCCUCGGUAGUAGGGGGGGCAAUUGAUUUCGUCAAGGAACUUGAGCAGCAUCUCCAAUCUCUUGAGGUCCAAAAGAGAACACUCCAACAACAGAAGAGAACCAAAGCUGAAGAAUCUCUCAGCAGAGCCGCUGAGCCCGUUACUAGCACCAAGAACAGGGAUGAAAAUGAGCAGGCACCCUUUGGCCAGUUCUUUGCAUACCCUCAGUACACUUGGUGCCAUAGCCCAUCGGAGUACCCUCCCCCGAUGCCGGAUACUCCGUCGGCGGCCGAUACUCUGAAGGUUACGGUGAUGAAAAGUCGCAUGACGAAUCUGCGAAUUCUCACUCCUCGGCCCCGGCAGCUUCUGAAGAUGGUGGCUGGACUUCAAGCGCUUAGGCUCUCUGUGCUUCAUCUCAAUGUCACCACAUUGGACUCCAUGGUUCUCUACUCCAUUAGCGUUAAGGUGGAGGAAGGGUGCAGCCUGACCACGGUAGACGACAUUGCGGCUGCGGUGCACCACAUAUCCGGUACGGUUUCUGUUGCAGAUGCUUUUUGUAAAGGCCCAGUCCAUUAACGAAAGGCACCAAGAAAUAGACUGAUCCAGUCGCUCGGCCCAACAUCGAGAAAGACCCACUACCGCUGUUAAUAGUUCGAUCAUCAGGAGGACAAGCUAAAUGGCUAGAGGCUUCGUAGAAUCGAAUAAGGUCGACCUUUCGUGUUAGAGAGUUGGACUUUCUUUUAGGAUAACUGUAGUGUAAAUUUUUGUGCUUUUUUUUUAUUGAAAAAAUACAUCUUGUUUUUUUUUAAGUUCUUUUCUUUUUAGUGGAAUAAUCGUUGCCCCGUUGGCUUAUUUUCUCGGA